AGGGUUUAUCAAAUCUUUUCUUCAACAACAAUUCAACAACAUGAUCCGAUCUUCUUCACGUUCUUUAUACAAAUUACGUGCCUUAUGUAGUAGAUCUUUGUCCUCCGCUCCAUCUUUCAGGUCGCCGUUAACUUCCACCGGCGUUCACCGGUUCGCAACCGGUGCGACGGUUGGAAACAGAAGAAAAACCGGAUAUUUAGGAUCUUUAGGCUCUACACUGUCGAGAUUUCAGGUUAAUUCGAUCAAUGCAGGUGGUAAUGUUGGUUCGUUUGAAGUGAGAUCGUUUGCAUCGAAAGCGUCACGAUCUACAAGUAAGAAUGCUUCAGAGACUAGGAAGGAGGUCACAACUGUUGAAGAUCCAUUUGAUGCACCCACAUACAAUAUACCCGAGAAGCCAAUGACAUUUACAGAAGGAGCUUCAUAUAGCGUUGUUAUCCUGGCGGGCCUUGGAAUUGCGGCUGCUGCCGGUUACGGUGUUUUUAAAGAACUUAUCUUUGAACCAAAAGAGUACAAGGUUUUUAACAAAGCUCUGCGCAGGAUUCAAGACGACAGUCAGGUUCGUGUUAGGAUUGGCUCACCGAUUACUGGUUACGGUCAAGAAAGCAGAAAUCGAGCUGCUCGACAACGGAUCCCUAAUAGAGUUUGGAAAGAUGAUGAUGGUGUUGAGCAUGUCGAGGUUCAAUUUCAUAUUCGGGGCCCACAUGGAGCCGGUAGGGUUUUUACGGAGAUGUUUAAAGACAAAGAGGACAAACAAUGGAAGUUUAUGUAUCUGCAAGUCGAAAUCCACUCUCCGUCUCCAUCAAGAAUGUUGCUUGAAUCUUAUCUUCCAGCUUGAUUAAGGCAAAUGAUAAGGAGCCUGCCCCGUUUUUCAAACGCGAUUGGUUGUUUCUAAUAUAAGUCCAAGACACUAGCCUGGAUGGGUUGAUCAAGGCUGUGUUUUCAUGACCAUUUUUGACAUUAUGUUUAUAUAGAUAUUUGUAUCAUUUUUCUGUUGCCAUCAAGUGGUUGUGCCAAGUUC